AAAGUGAUUUGACCAACAGUAAAUAUUGCAAUUUGCAACCAACCUCCCGCCCUCGCAGAAUUUCGAAACGGUUCCCACUUUUCAAACCCUCAACAAUGGCGUUACAAUGUUGAGAGAGAAACCCAAAUUUCAUCCCCAAAUUCACCGGGAAUCAGAGUGAAUAAACCCUAAUUUUGUCGGCAAUUGAAAUUCCUUCACCGGAACAAAUUAUGGGAGUGCGAACUGAAACUGAGGGUUCCGAUCUUGUGGACCCACUCGCCGACUACUCUUCUUUAUCUCUCUUCCCUCGUACCUUCAGUUCUUUAUCAACAUCAUCUUCAUCUUCUAUCGAUCUUCGUAAACCUAAUUCCCCGAUUUUGAACUCUAUUCUCACUCAUCUCAAGGCUAAAGUGUUAAGCAGUCCUGACAAGAUGUUGAAGCAGGCAAAGCCCAUCUUAGAAGACAGUUUGAACUUCUUAAAAACUGAUAAAACUGAAGCUAUUGCAGAAAAUGAAAAAGUUCCCCGAGAGAGGAGACCUGCUUUAGGACUUAAGCGGGCUAAGUUUUCUGCAAAACCCAUGCCAAGUCAGCCUGAUGCAAGUCUGGAAUUUAGCAUAGACGUUGAUAAGCUGAGUGAUCCAGAAGAAUUAUUUUCAGCCUUUGAAAGGAUGGAAAAUGCCAAAAAGGAGGUGCAAAGACUAAGAGGUGAACCACUCUUCGACUUGGAUCAAAAUCGUGCAUCUUUGGCUCGAAGGCCUCGGCGGCCUAGCCUUCUGGGGAGGUCAUCCACCUACACACACCGCCCUUACUCUUCAAAGUCAAUGGCUGAUGUUGAUGAGACCCUUUUGCCCUCUCAAGAGACUAUUUAUGAUGAAAUACUAAGCCCUACUCGUGAUGAUGUCUUACCACAUGCUAAUGUUGUGAAUCAUUCGCCAUCUGUGAUAUUGUCUGAUUCCAAAUCUAGGACAACUAGCAAAGUCAGCGAGUUUGAUGAGCUGUUAUCUUCUAAUUAUGAGGGUUUAGAUGAAGAUGAAGUAGAGAAUCUCCUUAGAGACAAACUGCAGAUCAAACCUGUAGAAAUUGGUAAAGCGGCCCUUCCUAACUGGCGUGUUCAGCUUCGUGAAUCAAUGACUUCAAGCUUAGCCUUGCCAAAGGUGAAUAAUAUGGUAUCUCAUCGAAGUGCUGCGAGAAAAGCUGUUAGGAGCAGUGACAAAGUAUCUCCUGCAAAAUCCCAAAGUCCAUUGGCUUCCAUCUCAUUGUUGAAUAGACACAUUGCAAAACGCACCCCAUCAAAAGACCCAUUCUCACCCAUUCACAUCAACUCAUCACCAGCAGAGGCUACAAUUCCUGCUAGAGAGCCUGAAAAUAGGGCGGAUCAAGCUGGGGAAUCUGAUGAGAUUGAUGCAAGGAAGAAUUCAUGUGCAUUUAGUACAUCUCCAGCACAUGGAGAAGAAAAUAUUGCAGUUUCCAUUCAGGAUUCUUUUGUCUCUAUGGAGAAGGAUGUAGAUACUAGUAGCGAGCCUAAUGAAAAGGAGGAUCUGAUUGGCCAAUUAGAUCAAAUUGGUAAUAAGAAAGAUUUGUGUGAGUUUGGAAGAUCUCCAGUACAUGAAGAAGAAAGCGUUGCAGUCUCUGGUCAGGACUCACUUGCUUUGGCAUCAAAGAAUGUAGUUCCAACUAAUGAGCCUGAAAAACAGGACGAUGAGCAGGAUGUGCCUGCAGCCGAGUUGCCUGUAAGACAACUUCUUUUCGAAGGCCUUGAUAUGGAGGAACCAACUUCUGGCGGAGGUGAGGGGGUGCAUUUGGGAGAACUCGUUGAAAAAGGUGGGACUUGUGAACCAUCGACUAGAGAAAACUGUUCUGUUGAAGAGCUAAACGUUUCUGUUGAAGAGCUGAACGUUUCUGUUGAAGAGCCUACCACGGAAAGAGUAGCAUCUUCCAAGAGGAAAUCGAAAGAGUUAGGGAUAUCAACGGCACCAUCUGAAGCAGGUGUUUUUGAAGAAGGAAUGCAAGCAGAGAAGUCUCAGUCGGAUGCACUUGUUUCUAGUGAAGGUAGGAGUAAAAAGAGGAAAGUACAAGGUGCUCAACCAAGACGGAGCAAAAGGGAUUUGCAGCAACGAAGAACCAGCUUAUAUUGUGCUGGUACAAAAUGGGAAGCUGGAGUUAGGCGAAGUACAAGGAUAAAGAUGAGACCAUUGCAGUACUGGAAAGGUGAACGGUUUUUGUACGGACGUGUUCAUGAAAGUCUAGUGACUGUGAUAGGGGUGAAGUAUGCUUCGCCGUCAAAGGAUACCGAAGAAGCUGGUGUCAAGGUGAAGUCUUUUGUUUCUGAUAAAUACAAAGAUAUGGUUGAGUUUGCUUCCCUACAUUGAAGUAGAUGGAAUAAGUUGUAGUUGUAUUGUUGUAAGUAUAAAAAUAUGAACUUAUGUCUAUUUGAUCCCAUCAAAUAGUUGCCGAUCUUUGAUGUUUGUUCAGGCUCUCGGACGACGUUCGUCUUGUAGACAUGAUCCCUCAUAUUAGGAUUUUUUUUUUCAUUUUCUAGCUUUAGAUUAUGACAUCUAAAACAACUAGCAAAAAUUUUGAGAUUACUCAAUCUCGUUAAAUGUACUUGUUUGUACUUUUUAAAUCGUUAGUAUAAGAAAUGGUCAUAAUUUUGAUA